AUGUCCCCCCUCAAUCCUGGCAAGUCUGCUGCGCAGCUCCGCGCGGUGUUGGCACUCCUCGCCACCGCGGUGGAGAAUCUCGCGUGUGAAUGGGAAUCGUCGUCUUCAGGCAAUGGAGUUGUCGAUGCCAGUAUCGAGACUGCCGUCCCCGAUACCAGCACCGGAUCGCAUGCCGAGCACGACGCCGUCAAGACCAUCCUCGCCGCGCUGGGCUCGAUAGAGAGCCUCGUGCUCGACCCGCACACACGUCUGCUCAACCUGUCCAUGUCGUACCUCAUCGCGCGAGCGUUGCAUGUCGUCGCGGAUCAUCGCGUGGCCGAGUUGCUCGCCCUGAGCCACAACGAGCCUGAGGCCCGGGGAGUCAGUGCCGAAGACCUCGCGAGGACGACCGGCCUUGAGCAAGGGAAGUUAUGCCGAGUCAUGCGAACAUUGACGUCGCACCAUGUCUUUGAAGAGGUCGAGGAUGGGCGGUUCGCCAACAACCGCAUCUCCCACGCACUUGUUGAAGACGCGGCGUUUCAAGCAAAUAUCCUCAUCAAGGGCCAGCUCCAGUACGCCGCCAGCGAGUAUCUGCCGCAAGUCCUGGCGAACCCUGCGACUCGGAAUAGCUACGACCCGCGGAAAACGGCGUUUCAGCAGGCCGUCGGCACGAAACUGUCCCUGUUCGACUGGAUGAAUGAAACGGUGCUUGAGUCGGAGGUGGAUUGGCGGCCGCGGAGUCGGCAGAGGCAUCCCCUCGAAGACGACGAGGAGGGACAGGGGGACGGUGAUGGACAGGACGGACCGUCCAGACCGCACUUAUCCGGCCAGAAGAUGGUGCCCCGUCCGGAAAAGAAUCUCUUCAACCUCGCAAUCAGCGGCCAAAGCAAAGGCACUGAAAAGUAUUGCGUGUUGGACUUCCCCUGGCAGGAUCUGCCGAAUGGCGCGACGGUCGUGGAUGUUGGUGGCGGGAUUGGUUCAUUCUGCAUGCAACUCCACGCGCACCACGCCCAUCUCAACCUCGUCGUCCAAGAUAAGCCACAUGUGAUUCAGCAAGGCCUUGCGCUUUGGAAAACCAAACAUCACUCUGCCCUUGCCGAAGGGAGAGUCCACCUAACGCCGCAUGACUUUUUUGAGAAGAACCCCGUGGUGGGCGCCGAGAUCUACUGGUUGAGAUAUAUCAUCCACGACUGGGCCGAUGACGACGCAAUCGCGAUCCUCUCGCGAGUGGCUGACUCCAUGACUCCAACCUCUCGUGUGUUGAUUGCCGAGACACUGAUGCGCACCACGGUCCCCACGGACAAAUUCAGGCCAGCCCCGACCCCGUUGCUGGCUAAUUACGGCGUGGCCAUGGCGCCCGCGCACAUGAUGGACCUGAACAUGAUGAUGAUGACGAACGGGCGGGAGAGGACGCCGGCCGAAUUUGACAGGAUCGUGCAGGCGGCUGGGAUGGUGGUGGACAGACGCCAAGAGGACCAAUCAGGGUUUGCGCUUGGCAACACUGAGUCUGAGAAUCUGAGACAACUCCCCUUGUCCCCCCUUGCUCUCUUCUAUAACUCUACCAGCUCCAUCGUCCGCCAGGCCUGCGACCAUUUCUGCGUGCACCUGUCGAGUGCUCUCUACCGAGUCUAUCAAAGACAACUCGAGACUGUCGAGAUCCCCAGCGAAGCGAGAAUCGACGUAACAUUGCCUUCCAUUCACCAAAUCAUGAUCGUAUCUCAAGUCAUAGCGGCCGUGUGGGCUGCCUUGGCUCGUGAGAAGAUUGUAUUUUGCGUUGUCGAAGAAGUUGCGUUGAAUUACUACAAUGUGCCUCGGAUUCUCAAUACCCUGGGUAUUUGUGUCCCGCAUUCGCAGCUAGAUGCUGCCACCAGACUGAUCAAUGCUCACACCGAUGUUUUCGUACGCACAGCAUGGACCGAUCAACACCCUGACUGGAAGAAGCCAUAUCCUCGCUUUGAAGCAUUUAUUGAAGAAGACUACCUGACUCUUGUCAUCUUUCCUGACACGCAUUUCUACCUUCAGCCGCUGAAGCGUUCAAUAGUUGACCGCUCUGCAUAUGGUACAGCUCGUCCUUUCCUUAGCAACGAGUUCAACUUCUCCACCGAUAUCUCCGAGCUAUCCAGGAUCCCUGUCCCUCGUCUGUCAUCGCUCUUGCAGGGACUGCUGAGGAGGUUUUGUGAAACGCAAGACAUCUACUGUGCUGUCUGCGUGGAGCAACUUGUUGAUGGAAUGGUGUUAAGUGAAGCCUGGUGCAACACGCAUCUCGACCAGGGUCGAGAAGAAGAGCUGAAAUACGUUCUCGGCGUGAUAGGAACCAGGCCACAACGUCAAAAUCUAUUUUUGGAGAGCGAUUAUCUCUGUCAAGAUGAACGAGAAUUGAUGAAGAUCCCAGGUACUCAAGAGCCGCUUCACGACCGGGAAAAAAGCAGCCGAAAUGGUCGAUCUUGGAAAUCAGCUUUUCAACGGGCUUGCUUAUUCGACCUCGCCCUUUUCCGAAGCACAAUAUCUCGCCUGGCACCCCAUAAACACUCGGUAUCAUUUCAAUACAUGUCAGAUCUUCAUCUGGAGAGCCAGCAAACUUACGACUUUGAGAUCCCUCGAGUGUCGCCGUAUUUAGUCCUGGCAGGCGAUAUUGGCCGUCUCAAGGACUAUGGCAAAUACCUGGAGUUUCUCAGCGUACAAUGUCACCGGUUUUGGCGGGUUUUUAUCGUCCUUGGAAACCACGAAUUCUAUGGCAUCCUUAGACAGGAAGGGCUCGAAGCGGCCCGGUCGUUGGAGCAAGAGCCAUGUCUAGGGGGCAAACUGACGGUUUUGAACAGAACCAUGUUCCACCUGAAUCGAAGAAUAACCAUCCUCGGAUGCACGUUGCACACCUCUAUACCAAGCGAGUCCGAGUUGUGGGUCAGAAUGAAAGUUGCGGAUUUCAGCCACAUCGGCGACUGGACUGUGGAAAGCCACAAUGCAGAACACUACCGAGAUACGGAAUGGCUCAGAACAUGCGUACAGGACGUUGCGCAAGCGAAUCCGGAAAGCCAGCUACUUGUUGUGACGCACCAUGCUCCAGCCCUCAAAAAUACAUGCGACCCGAAGUUCCUCGUUGGCCCGGCGCCAGAAGCAUUCGAUGCUGGAUAUUCGGUCACACACACUGGUCCACCCAGUUUGUGUAUCGUGACACCACCGUCUGCAGCAAUCAACGAGGGGUCCCGCAAGUCCCGCAAGUCCCGCAUCAGCUGA